UGUUCAUAGACCCUUCAGUGUGUUGGUGGUAGACAUGUAAAUCGGUGUUUGGGUGGAGAAAAUCUUACAAAAAAAUAUUAAACCAUCCCAUCAGAAAAGUGUGAAAAAUCUAACAAAUUUUACUCGGUUUCAUUUGAAAUAUCUUUGGUGAUUUUCAAUUAUUUAAUCAGCUCAUCAAACUUGUGUCAAUAUAUUUGUAAAUAAUUUUUAAUUUUGGAUGAUUUCACCUGUGAUGUGUGACGUUUCUAUGUUUUUUUCUUCUUCUAUACUGUUGCCUCAGCACUCAUUAACGACACAAUCUAACAAUUGAAUCAUCGUCGGUGGAGCAAUCGAUCUUCACCUCAUCAGAAUCAAAAGCAAAUCAAUUUUCGUGAAACAAAAAAAAAAAACAAACAAUUACCUCCUGUUAUGACCAGCAUUGCACACAAAUGACUUUCCUAUUUCGAAUGAUUCCAUGAUUGUAUACCGCGAAGAUGACACUCACGACCAUUGAAAGUGAUAUCAACAGUACACCAAUUAUGGAUACGAGUCCACCGGCAACAAACUUACCAACAUCUGAACUGAGUUUAUUGGCCAAAUUGGAAGCGGCGAAUAAAUUGAUUGAAAGUGAUGCGAAAAGUUUAAAUUCAUUGCAAAGUUCGGCUCACAGUCGAAAAAGUUCGGACACAAGUCAAAUCAGUCUGAAUUCCGGAACGUCGGUUGGUGAAGAAGACAUUUGGUCGACAUGGGCGAGCAUUGUGACGGAUUGGGAAGGAAGUCUAAAAAGAAAAACUCCGACUGUGCGUGAACUAGUUCGUAAGGGAAUUCCUCAUCAUUUCCGUGCAAUCGUUUGGCAGCUAUUAUGUGGUGCAUGCGAAUCGGAUAAGAAGCAAUACGCUGAUUAUAUCAAAGCGACAUCAGCAUGUGAAAAAGUUAUUCGACGAGAUAUUGCUCGAACAUAUCCGGAACAUGAUUUCUUCAAGGAGAAAGACGGUCUGGGUCAGGAGGCUUUGUUUAAUGUGAUGAAGGCAUAUUCUCUGCACGAUCGUGAAGUUGGAUAUUGUCAAGGUUCAGGUUUUAUUGUUGGGCUUUUAUUGAUGCAGGUAUGCCAAUCGGUCUGUUGUUUCGAGUUGUUGUCACAUUUUAUCCACGCAUUUUGUUUGCAGAUGCCUGAGGAAGAAGCUUUUGCUGUGUUAGUUCAGAUCAUGCAACAACAUCGCAUGCGGGAUAUGUUCAAACCGUCAAUGGCUGAGCUCGGUCUUUGCAUGUAUCAACUAGAAAACCUCGUACAGGAGCAACUUCCCGAGUUGCAUGUGCACUUUCAGUCGCAGGGAUUUCAAACGUCAAUGUACGCUUCCAGUUGGUUUUUGACACUAUUCACAACAACAUUGAACUUGGCUAUCAGCUGUCGGGUGAUGGAUGUGUUCCUCAGCGAAGGAAUGGAAUUUAUCUUCAAAAUGGCUUUGGCUAUGUUAGUAUUAGGGAAGGAGCAACUGUUGUCAAUGGACAUGGAGGCAAUGCUGAAGUUUUUUCAAAAGGAAAUUCCUCAGCGCAUCGAAAGUGAUCCGGAGAGCCUUUUCAACUUAGCAUUUGGUAUGAAAAUCAAUACAAAGAAAAUGAAGAAAAUGGAAAAGGAAUACGCCGAUUUGAAGAAGAAGGAACAGGAAGAAAUGGUUGAACUAAGGCGUUUGAGAAACGAAAAUCGACUAUUACGGAAACGAAACGAAUUGCUGGAAGCCGAGAGUGCAGAGCUUGCCGAUCGACUCGUACGAGGACAGGUGUCUCGCGCCGAAGAGGAGGAAACAAGCUAUGCAAUUCAGUCGGAAUUGUUAAUGCUACGACGGUCUCAUCUUGAGAUAGCCCAUCAACUUGAAACGGCAAACGAAGAAGUGCGGGGAUUGAGUUUAAGGUUGCAGGAAAACAACAACUCUCGACAAGAUUCUAUCGACGAAUUAUGUUUGAAAGAAGAGGCACUGAAACAGCGUGACGAAAUGGUAACUUGUUUGCUGGAAGAACUGGUAAAGGUGCGUCAAGGACUGGCCGAAAGUGAAGAUUCGAUUCGCAGUUUAAAAACGAAAAUCGAAGAACUGGAAGAAGACAAGAAAACACUUCGUGAGACAACACCCGACAAUUCAGUAGCUCAUCUACAAGACGAGCUGAUCGCGAGUAAAUUAAGGGAGGCUGAGGCUACACUAUCGUUAAAAGACUUAAAACAACGAGUUCAAGAAUUGAACACGCAAUGGCAGAAGCAAUUACAAGAGCACAGAAAUGACAACCUACAAGCGCCGGAUUCGACGCCAAAGAAGUUACUAUUCUGGGACACAUCAAAAUCAAAUGAUACCCAGAAAUUGGAGGAAGAAUUGAUGACCACUCGAAUACGUGAAAUGGAAACACUAACCGAAUUAAAGGAGCUACGAUUGAAGGUAAUGGAAUUGGAAACUCAGGUUCAAGUGUCAACAAAUCAGUUGAGACGACAAGAUGAAGAGGGUAAAAAGGUGAAAGAAGAAUUGGAAUCGGCUUUGAUGCGUGAAAAAGAAAUGAGCAAUAAGGCGAGAGAGCAACAGCACAGAUACUCAGACUUAGAAUCUCGAAUGAAGGACGAAUUGAUGAAUGUUAAAAUUAAAUUCACCGAACAAAGUCAAACCGUGGCUGAGCUGAAACAGGAAAUUUCCAGACUUGAAACGAAGAAUUCCGAAAUGUUGGCUGAAGGUGAACUGAGAUCUAAUUUAGAUGAAUCUGAUAGAGUUAGAGACUUGCAGGAUAAGGUGGCAGAUCUCAAGGCUGAAAUAUCAGCAUUCAAAAGUCGUGGCAAUUUUAAUUUAAGAAAAAUGAAAAGUGAUUCUAUUCAAUCAAUCGAAUCGGACAUUGAUCUAAGCGAAAUGCAAAUGCGAAAAGACAGUAAUUCGUCAUCAAACUUAUGAAGUUAUUGAUUGUUUGGUUUUUUUUUUUAAAUAAUUUAUAAAACAUUUAGCAUCUGCUCUCCAUCCGACAUGAUAUUUUUUUUUUAAAUGAGGGAGAUAAUUAAUUGAAGUUCUUCUGAGAGAAGACUUUAUUUUAUUGGGAAGGAAGAAGAGGAAAAAGAGAAAGAAUUUAUGUUGAUAUUUUCCCCAUAUUUUUUUGUUAGUUUUGUCUGCAAUCUUAAAAUAUAUUAUAGAAAAAAUUAAAUUAUAAACUAAAUUAUUUGCACAAGAU